CGCGGCGGUGGCAGCCUCCAUGGAUGUCGCUCCUAACGUGAGGUGCCUUGAAGUCCGCGAGCAGGGCGUUCCCGAACCGCGGCCGUGCAACCCAGAGGUACUCCAAGGUGCAUGCUCUCAUGCUCCACUGGGGUUCUGAUGACCUGUUUGUGCUGCCCGAGCUUGAGGACCUGGAGAAGUGCCUGCGUGAGCACUACAACUAUGAGACCGACAUCUUCUCCAUCCCCUCCGAGAACUCCCAUCUGGAGCUGAUGCUCAAAAUUGGCGACAUGGUCAAGAAGCACGAGUCCGAGGACACCCUGCUAAUAGUGUACUAUGGCGGUCACGCCCGGAUAGACGAGUCGCGUCAAAGCACCUGGUGCGCGAACCGGCGUCCUGGGUCCCCGUGGCUCCAAUGGUCAGCCAUUCAAACUCUCCUCGAACGGUCCGUCUCGGACGUCUUGAUUCUCCUCGACUGCUGCGCCGGGGCCGCAAGCGCCAGCUUCCCCACCGGCCAGAGCAUCACCGAAACCAUCUCUGCUUCCAGCUGGGAUGCCAUCGCCCCCGACCCGGGUAGAUAUUCCUUUACGAACGCCCUGAUUGAAGUCCUCCUAGAGUGGCGCCAACGGACGUUCUCGGCCGCCAUGCUACAUGCCGAGGUCCUUGCUCGCCUGAAGCAUCCGCGCCCAAUCCUCAUCAAUGGGAAGCAAUUUGAAGCGCGUUCGACCCCAGUCCACUUCAUGAUGACGUCGAACCACAAGGCUCCCAGCAUCGAGAUCUGCCGACUAGUCCCUCCCAACCGGCUGCCUCCAUCACCCCCGAAUGAGUUGGCCUUCUGGAACCGCCCGACUCUACCGAGGAUGAUCGAAGGGAGGAACCCCGCCGAGCCGUACCCUCGUGCUCCCGAUUUCCGCAUUCCCGCCGCCUCGGACCCCAACGAGGACGAGCCUCACGUGCUCAUCUCCUUAGCCCUUGAGGAUGACCAACGAUUAGAUCUGAAUGACUGGGAAACUUGGCUGGCCGCGUUUCCCGCCAUUGCAAAAUACGUCAAGGUUCAAGGCGUUUUCAAGAGCCACUCGACUCUGCUCUUGUUAUCACUGCCCGUGAUGGUCUGGGACUUCCUGCCUGACGAUCCCGCAUGCUCUUUUGUAGCCUUCAUCCGGUCAAACAACCUCCUCCGACCUCAAACCUCGGGCUCGGAAGCGGCGGCAGACUCGCGCGUCCAUGUCACCAGCGAAGGUCCCGUAUCUACCCCGAUGCGCGACGACGCCGAGUCAUGCCUGUCGGGCACUACGUAUGGACCGACAGAGAGUUUCAACCUGGCCAGACGGGGCAUCGUUGGCCCCAACAUCAGCCGAAACCCAUCUACUGCUUCUGCGCCAUACCGAGACCCGCCUGCGGACUACAGGUUGCCUCAACGGGCAGGAACAUCGGGAGGAGGUUGGCCUGAAUAUGCCCCCGCGGACGUGCUCUCCCAGCCGGGACCGAGUGCAGGACUGAGAGUCCAGCCAUCAAUGGGCAGUCUUGGCGGGUCUCUCCGGAACGUGCCUUCCACGGCUUCUCUGGCCACGCUCGAGCGACGCCAACUCGGCCCGUUGGCUAUGUCAGCUGCCGCCGGCCACGAUUUGCCAGCGCCCGGUGAAGGGAUAACAAGAACAAUGAUCCUCAACCAGUCGCGGAGCUCCAAGAAAUCCGUCUUCUUGUCGGAUCAGGACGUUCCCCAGGGCCAACAGAUGGCUCCGCACGUCCUUCGACGCCUGGAGUAUUACUUCCAGAAGGAUCCGGACCCAAGCAUCGGCGUGGUGGAACAUCUCGCUUCGAAUCUUGGUGUCGAGACGUCGGAUAUCCACGUGUGGUUCCAUCAUCGUCGGGAGCAGGAGCGGAUGACAUACAACCUGCAAAACCUCAAAAUCGAGCACCACCACGGCCAAGCCCAGGAUGGCGCCGUCCACAUGAUUCUCCCUGGUCAUCUGAACAGGCUUCUCGAGAUAUAUCCAUCCAAGGGCGUCUUGCUCGUUGACCUGCGAUCUUCGACAGACUUCGAGAGGUCGCACAUCCACGACGCCAUCAACCUCCGCGCCCCGGUGAGCUUCGUCGAGCAUACCUCGCUGGAGAUGAUUGAAGACACCUUCAUGGACGACCAAAGCCGGCGCAGCUUUAGCAAAUGGUCUCAGUUCAAGUGCAUCGUCUUCUACGACCGCGUCAUCGAGUUCGACUGGGAGUGCCCCGUCGCUGAAGCCUUGUACACGAAGUUCAGGCGAAAGGGCUGGCAAGGCCAGUGCUUCAUUCUCAAGGGCCAUUACCGGGAAUUCUCGGCAUCGUUCGACAAGCACAUCAGCGGCGCGAAGAUGACCGGUGAAGCCAAGGAGUAUCUGGACAGUCUGCGACAGCAAUCCAGCCCAACGGAGGGAGAGGCGCGUAGGCGAGACGAGGAGUACCGCGAAUUCUUGAACCUAUUUACACUUCAGCACCCUGUGCCGAUAGUCGACCUCAUCCCUGCCCGGAAGCUCGAGCGGUUGAGGGCAGUGGAACAGAACCAAAAGGAGCUCGAGGUCGAGUUCGAGACGCGCUUCCCAGCACUAUACAAGAAGGCGCAAGCAAUGCGCCCUGCUCCGGCCAUGGACGAACCGCCGAGUCCAGCGCACCCAUCUCCCCCGCCCCCAUUCUAUAGAGAUCUGCGGACGGGCCAGUCGUUCAAGGAUGUCGACUGGGCAGGCGCUGGGAAAGGUGACGAGGACGAUUUCACUGCCAGGAAGGCAGCCCUGGUUGAGCCGCUUGCGAGUGGGCUGGAGAAGAUGCGCGAUGCCAGCAAUCUACAACGCGCAGAUUCCACAACAUCCUCCCGAGGCCACCAUGAAGAUUACCCGGAGAAAUUCAGGAGAGACUUCUACGCUGAUGAUUACGAGCACGACUUCGACGAAAUCGAUCCCAAGAGCGAGGGCUUGAGGAACGAUCCCGGAUUCCAGAAGGCCGGAGCGCCGAGCCCUGCUGGAAUUGAGCCCGGGACGGCUGUGAAGGCGCACGAGCGGGCGGGAGGUGAGGACACGUUGAAAAAGGGGUCAAAGAAGCGGCCACAACUUUGGGGUCGGCUAAGGAGCGGCGCCACAAAGUGAUAUCUGUCAAUGAGAAGGAAUGACGGAAAAGCUUUUGUGUUUCUUUGGAUACCACAACAUUUUUGCAUUUUCUGGUCUUUGUCUGAGGCCACUUUCGAGAUUCCAACUGGUGGGAAGGCGUUUGGCCAUGUACAUGUAUUCCGUACACCUCUCCUUUCGUUCCAAUACCCGGGGCUCGAUUGCAUAGCGAAUACCUGCACAGUAGCAAUUCUGCUUCUUCUUUGUUUACUGAAGUUCAUACGACAGGUAACUAGGUACACGAAUAACUGGCAUAACCACGCCUCGUGCCUUACUUCGCUGGUCCGCCUGUCCCUUGACAACCCCCUGUUUUGCCCCUGAGGGUAGAUUAAGCACACGCGGCCAGGCCGAAGCGAAGGCAACGUCCCGG